ACGCUGGCGCUCAGAAGGAGUGAGAUGGGUGGAGUCCACUUGCAUAGGUUCAGGUGCUGGAGGAGAAGCAAUGGGAAUUGAGGACGGAGGACUGACAGCGGUAGAUGGAUUGUCACAGGCAGAUAAACGUUGAGAAACUCGAAUGGUCUUUUGAAUGAGGUUCUCAAUUCCCAUGGAGUCAUCAUAAACAACCAAUAGCUGACGGAUGUUCGGAUUCAGGCCGUGGCGGAAAGCGGUAAUUAGGGCCGACUCGUUCCAGCCACAGGAUGCCGCCAGGGUGCGAAACUGGAGGGCAUACGUGCUGACAGAGGAGUUUCCUUGACGGAGAUUGUAAAGCUGAUCAUGGACUGAGAGAUCUGAAACUGCCUGGCCAAAGACUUCCUUAAAAUGAGAUAUGAAACCUGACAGGGACUUUAACACUGGGGAAUCUGAAUUCCAAAGGGAUUGUGCCCACUGGAGAGCUCUGCCAGAGAGUAGGGAAAUAAUAAAGGCCACCCGGGCGGAAUCGUCGGUAAACUGAUGUGCUUGCAUUUGGAAAUAUAGUGAAACCUGAAGCAAAAAACCACUGCAAUCCUCCGCCUCACCACUGAACGGCGCUGGUCGGGCCAUGGGACUCGCAGAGGCAGCCGGCGAAGUAGCGGGUGUUUGCGGAAGUUGGUGUCGGCGUGCAGAGUGAAGGAUGGCUUCGGGGAUGGCGGAAGGGUUGUCCGGUAAAGAUGAGCGGAUUGACUGGCACACUGCUCGCACUAGUUCGGCAAACGGGUCUUGAGAUGGAUUCCCUCCAGGCUCCGUAGGAUUCUGCAUCUUCGGUCUGAUCUUCUGUCACGGACGAGACAGGAGGCAGACAGGAUGGUCAGUUUGAGAGUUUUAUUUGCAGAAUGCUCCGAACCAGACGGGAAUAUCAGAAUGAGAGCGAGUAUGGACCAAUAUCGAUUUACUGAACGAUCUCUAAUCACAGGAAGUGGAAGUGGGAUCACCGAAGGAGGACUGAAGGCAGAAGAAGACGGACCAAUCUUUGAGGGUUCUCAGAAGAUUCGCGGAUUCUCAGUUUACAGUCUCCUCGUCACCCCACAGAAGAGAGGGGCGGGGUCAGCAGAGCUCAUUAGCAUUGUAAAGCAACAUGGACUAGAGUAAUGUGCUGAAAACGGAGCUGAUUUUGACAGGCAGAGCAGUAUGGGCAGUUCAGCAAUCAAAGGGCAAAGGCAUGAGUGAAGAUGACCUUAAAAUCAGCCAAAACAUGGAUUUUAAGACUGCUCCCAGUUGUGCUCUUCUUCAUCUGUUACUAUUGCUCCCAGUUCUACUUUGAGAGCUAUGGAGGCAGUGGAAAGUCCCCUCGGCCCACGGUCUCUCUAUGCAACACCUAUCGCAUGAAGAGAAAGUGGGACAGUCUUAAAUUGAACAUGAGCCGGAAGACUGAGCUCUUUCUAAAGCUGGAGGAUUUCUUCUGGAGGGAACAUCUGUCGUCUGAAGCUCUGCCCUACGGUUUUAAAGGCAGCGAGCUCCUGCUUCUGAAGGUUUUGGCAGAGACUCUCAGCUACACAAUGCCAGCUAACAUUGAGAGCAGCUUAGAUUGCAGGACGUGUGCAGUCAUUGGAAACAGCUUUUCCAUAAAAAACAGUUCACUGGGGGAGAUCAUUAACAAAUACAACGUGGUGGUCAGGCUGAAUGACGCCCCGGUGAGAGGCUAUGAGAUGGAUGUUGGUAACAAGACCACGCUACGCCUGUUUUAUCCCGAAUCUGCCUCCUAUAACCCCUAUGUCCACAAUGAGCCGGACACCCUGCAGGUCCUGGUUCCUUUCAAAGAGCAUGACCUCCGCUGGCUCAAAGAGAUCCUGUAUGAUGAGAAGAGGGUCCGAAAGGGUUUCUGGAAGCCUCCGCCCCAGUUCUGGCUCGGCCGGGCCAGUCAGAUCCGUGUCCUGGACCCAUAUUUCCUUCGCAUAACAGCCAGCAAGCUGCUUCAGAUUCCACUGCAACCGCGCAGACAACAGAAACCAGUGCAUCCCACCACUGGCAUUCUGGCUGUGUUUGUGGCUCUAAACUACUGUGACGUCGUGCACGUGGCUGGAUUCGGAUACCCAGAGUUCAGGAACCAGAAACAGCCCAUCCACUAUUACGGAAAGGAGACGAUGAGAUCCAUGAAGAAUUCCUACCACGAUCUCAAUCGAGAGGCUCUGGUGCUGAAGAGACUGGAAGACCAGGGAGCUAUUUUAUAUCUUCAUCCUCAUUCCUGACACCCAACAUCAACACAAAUGAAUAAACACAUACAUAAACGCGUGUAAAUAUGGCAUUACAGACAAUAUCUUCACCUUCGGUCUGACUCGGACUGAACUGAAACUUCACGCUGAACUGAUGUUAGAAGUUUCUGCAUUUCUUUGUGAUUCACCAAUUUAUCUCUGACCUCAAGUAUUUAUAAUGAGUGAAUCUUUCCUGCUUAUUGUUUUGUUUCCUUUCGGGAACUUUUUUUUAAGAAAAGAUCACGACUGGAUAUUUUGUGAACUUCUUAAGUAUUUAAUAAAAGGAUAAUAUGCA